AUGGCCGAGCGGGCCGCUGCCCAGGGUUCAGAAUGGGAUGCAGAUUCAUGGCAUUUGCUGCCUCUAAAACCCUCUGUUGUCCUCAAACAAAGGUCAGUGAGAGAAGCUCAUGAUCAGACUACAGAGUGUUCCCUGGGGACUGUGAUGGCAGCAGUUCAAGCAGUGGAGAGGAAAGUUAAGGCAUGCACCAUGCGAUUGCUGAAUCUGGAGAGGAGACUGGGGAGUGCUGAGAAGAAACUAAUAGGCUGCGAGAAAACAGCAUUGGAGUUUGAUACCAAGCUGGAGAGUAAGUGGGCCAUGCUGGGAACUGUGAUCCAGGAGAAUAAUCUGCUGCAGAGGAGGCUGGAGAACCUGGAGAACCUGCUGAAGAACAGGAACUUCUGGAUCCUGAGACUCCCCCCAGGCACUAAGGGGGAGGUGCCCAAGGUGCCGGUGAUGUUUGAUGACGUCUCCGUCUAUUUCAACGAGCAGGAGUGGGCGAACUUAGACGAAUGGCAGAAAGAGCUUUACAAGAACGUGAUGAAAGAGAAUUAUGAGACCCUGAUCUCCCUGGAUUAUGCUGUUUCCAAACCUGACAUCCUGUCUCAGAUUGAGCGAGGGGAAGAGCCCUACCUAAGGGAUCAGCCAGGAUCCCAGGAUAGAUCAGGAGAAAAAGAUCAGAGUGAAGAGGGAUCAGAGGAAAAUGAAGUCCCUAUAGAUGCCUGCCCAGAAUCUCCGGUUUCUAUCAUGGAUAUUUUAUCGUGGGCUAUACAAGAGGAGGAGCCCUGUGAGAACAAUCAGCCAGGUCUGGAGGGGAGACCAAACCCUACAGACCGCAGCACUGGAGAUGGCCAGUUAAUGACAAAAGAAACCAGGUUUGAUGGGGAUUGUGAACCUGAAAAUCUGGAGGCAGAGGGGGAAUUACCAGGAAGACCCAGAGAGAAGGUCCUCCAGACCUUGGCUGAGGCUGAGAGCCAGCUGUGCUCUAAGGUGCAGCAGCCAAACCCUGAGGAGAAAAGGUUGUGUGACUCCACUGAAGGGGAGAGUGGCUUAAAGACUCUGAGUGUCUGCCCACGGAACCGCCCAAGGGACAGACUACACCCUUGUACAGAGUGCGGGAAGAGCUUUCGGCUGAAGAUCAACCUUAUCAUUCACCAGAGGAGCCAUGCAAACGAGGGGCCGUACGAGUGUCCUGAGUGUGAGAUCUGCUUCACUUCCAAGCAGCAUCUUGCUCUGCAUCAGAGGAUUCACACAGGAGAGGGAGCUCCGGCACCUGGACUUGGGGAAAGCAGCGAUCUGGAGCUGAGACUCUGCCCAGGAACGGAGGCCACGGGAACCGCCCGCAGAAGCACGAGAAGCAAAUCUGGCAUCGGGGAGCACCGGCCGAGCCACACCGACGAGAGGCUGUACAUGUGCCGCCAGUGUAAGAAACACUUCUCCCAGGAGAUAGAUCUAACGAGGCACCAGAAGACUCACAGCAAGAUCUUCCCAACGUGCACCGUGUGCUGGAAGACGUUCACCUGCUCCUACAGCCUCCGCAGGCACCAGAUGGUCCAUUCUGGAGAGAGGCCGUAUCACUGCCCUGACUGUGAGAGACGCUUCGCCCGCAAGGUGAACCUCUUGCGGCACCAGAGGGUCCAUGCCAGGGAGAAGAUCCUGAGGAUGAGGCGAAUGCACCGACAGAUCGCCCGGCAUUCGCCGCCCUCUGAAGCACCGGGGCAGCCACUGCAGGGAGAAGCUGCCAGCUGCCAGUCCACAGAAACCUUCACUGCUCACCAGACAAUGCACCCAGGAGAGACGUGA